GCUGUCCAAUACGAACGAGUCCUUGGUAACUUAUUUCCCUUCACGGGUACAGAACGCACUUGAUCUCCCUACAGCCGCAACCAGCACCGAGUCUGGUGGCUCUCGAAGCAGCAGACACAACUCCACGACUUUGAUACCAAAUCCCGAGAAGAACAGCAGCAUACUAUUGGUAUUAGCUUACCGCCGCUGUCUCGCACCUUGUGUCGUCCGAACGCCGUCGUCCCCGAGCCUACACGUCGCGCCGCCCUCUCCUCAAGACGCCUAAGAACCCUCCGCCCAAAUUCCAGCGUCUCUCUCCGCGGCGUGGCCAUGAUAUGGACGGCCCUCGCCGUCGCCUGCAUGGCGCUGUCCAGUUUAUCGACCGGUAUGACCAUGGUGAGCCUCCGACGUAGCUGGGACCUGCACGUGUCCAGUGUCCGAUGGCUCUUCUUCUUCUUUUUCCUCUACCUGUGGCUCUGGAGCACCGCACGCGUAUUAUAUCUGCUCUGGGUGAGCUUUUACCCCAUUGAGACCACCACGUCCGACUACGCGUCGUCCUCCUCGAACGAGGACGAAGUAAUUUACGACCGCUACAGCAGCAUGGGCAUAUACACCGUCUUACAGCUCGAAGAGACCCACGACGCCUUCGCUACAGCACUUCUGUGCUUCGGAGACGCCGCGCUGUUCGCUGUAGCGCUCUGGAUGUUCCCGCUGACGUUCGAAUUGUCCAAUAUCGCUGCAAAAUCGAUGGAUCGAGGCGCUGAGAAGGAAAGAAAACAGAUCAGACUAUACGCGUGGAGUGUACACAGCUUCGUGGUGGUGUUCGCAGCGAUCGAAAUGGCGCUGGCCAUCGGGUACCAGGGGUAUACGCAGUAUACACAACGCUGUCUGCUGAGUGUAUACUUCGUCCAGUUCUUCAGCUUCCUGUACAUGAUCUGGCUUAUAGUCAGACUCAAGAUCGGAGGCAGGAAGUACGAGAACGUGCAGGGCCAGUUUGUCACGUCGCCAGUAUACCAGAGACUCAAGCGCAUCAUGAUUGUAUACGCGCUCUUCUCGUUGCAAUUCCAACUGGCCUCUGUGGUCAUGUACGCGUCCACAGACGACGAAGACAAGCUGCUGGACUUUAUCAGUGUCAGUCUACUGGUCUACCAUCUCUCGGGCUUGGCUCUAGCAGUCACCACCAUGUGCAGUCAGGCCUGCGUCCUCAACAUGUGCAGGUCGUGUCUGCCGGACGAUAUCGAGGCUCAAAUCCAGACGAGAUUCAUGCAGGGAGGAGAUCUUUUGUCUCCGAGAGACACACAGGUGCUUAUGGAGUCAGCAGAGCCACCUCUGGUCAAUCCAGUGUUCGUCUUCACCGAUAUCGAGUCGUCCAGUGCUCUGUGGGCCAUGGGCGAUGGCUUGGUGAUGCAGCGGGCUACUGAGAUCCACGAUAAUAUCCUUCGUGCGUCUUUAAUGAAGUACAGAGGAUACGAGAUCACAACAGCAGGUGACGCCUUCCAACUCGCGUUCCACACAGUGCGAGAAGCUGUGGAAUACUGUCUAGACGUACAGCUCCAGUUGCUCGUUGCCAACUGGCCCAAGGAGCUGCAUGGCAUGUUGCCAGCUACUAGGAAACAACGUGCAGGCCAUCGACUUAUCUUCGGCGGUCUCCGUGUACGUAUGGGUAUACACGACGCGGUAGAAGCGGACGGAGCGCUGAUCCUGGACGUCCACGCGGUGACGGGCAAGAUGAUCUAUACCGGGGCGUCCGAAGUCAUCGCUAAUGAGAUCGGAGACUUGGGUGACGGCGGUCAGAUCCUGGUAACCAAGCGAGUAGCUGACUGGCUAGUCAUGUACGAAGAUCUGGUGGCGAUCGACUUUAUCGUCGAUAGAGUGGGCGAGUACUCGAUCCCGCAGAUUAAGGCCAAGUUGGAAGUGUACCAGGUGCUGCCCGAAGUGCUCAGUGGACGCAAGAAAAUGUUCUCGUCGACGCUCAAGAAGCGUAGAGCGACCACAGCGUCGUCACUGUACUCGAUCGCGUCCAGCAACCGCUCGCGACUGUCAAGUAACGGCGGACAACUCCCGAUCCCUGAACAGCGACGGCGGAUGUCUCGACCACCGCCACUAGCGACGCCUCCGGAUCACGCACCAGUACAAGGCGGACUCAGUCGCUACGGCCGUGUGCAGCGAUCGUUCUUGCGUAUUGAUCAUGGCUCGUUCUACACGCGGGCGACGAGCAUGUAGUCUGGUUACUAACUUAUUAUUAAACAAGAGAAUACACUAGCUUUCCUGCAUUUUCAAGCUCGCUUAGCGAUGGCUGACGAAGUUGACCUUCUGUCUUUAUGAACUCUUCGUUUUUAUUUUCUGGACA